CGCUCCGACGACCGUCCGAUCGAACAGUGCCGGCGCGCGCCAUGAAGAGCACAGUGCUGGCACUCUUGCUACUGGUGGCGGUGCAAUGCCUCGCGCUGGGGUCUCGCACGGCGGCGGCGGCCAAGGUACGGCGGACAAGGCAGGGCGACUACCUGAACCGGCUGCGCGGGUCGCCGUCCUCGCGCGCGUCCUGGGAAUCUCUCGCGGCCGUGGAGGAGGAGCAGACGACGACGAAGGCGACGGGUAGACCCGCGCCGGCGGCCGUUGCGGCGGAGGCCGGGCGCAAGGAGGCCGACCGCGUGGAGGCGCUGCCCGGGCAGCCGAGCGGCGUGGACUUCGCACAGUACGCUGGGUACGUGACGGUGGACGCCGCCGCCGGGCGCGCGCUGUUCUACUACCUCGCCGAGGCCGUCGGCGGCAACGGCGACGGGUCGUCGUCCAAGGGCAAGCCCCUCCUGCUCUGGCUCAACGGGGGCUCCGGGUGCUCGUCGCUGGGGUACGGCGCCAUGGAGGAGCUAGGCCCGUUCCGCGUCAUGAGCGACGGCAAGACGCUCUACCGCAACCCCUACUCCUGGAAGGCUGGAUCCACGGUACGCAGUCACCACGCUCUCGAGUUCUCCGGCCAGAAAGCCAUUGAGGAGCUGACAAGUGAUGUGCUGUUCCUGGAGAGCCCGGCGGGGGUGGGGUACUCGUACUCGAACACGACGGCGGACUACGGGCGGAGCGGGGACAACCGGACGGCGGAGGACGCGUACCUGUUCCUGGCCAACUGGCUGGAGCGCUUCCCGGAGUACAAGGGCCGCGAGUUCUACAUCACCGGCGAGAGCUACGCCGGCCACUACGUGCCGCAGCUGGCCCACGCCAUCCUCCGCCACGCCUCCCCGGCCAUCAACCUCAAAGGCAUCAUGAUUGGGAACGCGGUGAUCAACGACUGGACGGACAGCAAGGGCAUGUACGACUUCUUCUGGACGCACGCGCUCAUCUCCGACGAGACGGCCGAGGGCAUCAGCAAGAACUGCAACUUCACGGCGGGCGCGGCGUCGAACGCGCUCUGCGACGACGCCUCGGACGCGGCCGGCGAGAGCCUCCGGGACAUCGACAUCUACAACAUCUACGCGCCCAACUGCCAGUCGGAGAAGCUCGUCACGCCGCCCAUCGCCCCCUCGGUACGUACGUGCGUGCGGCCUUUCCUACAACACCAUAGCCGGUACAGUGACAGUACUACGUGUGGCCAGAUCAUCAUCAUAGGGGAUUUUUAUUUUUUUUGACAUGAAAAUCAUAGAUUGGUUAGUGAUGAGUUUGCUUGGGUUCUAGGUGUGGCCAGAUCGAGAACUUUGAUCCGUGCACGGACUACUACGUGGAAGCGUACCUCAACUCGCUCCCCCACUUCUUUUUCCUUGAGAAAUGUGCUGGAAUUUUGUCUAUUUGGGGCCAAGCCCAAUAGCAGUUUCAGAAAUUCCAAAAAAAUCCUAGAGGCCCACGCAGCCCACUCGUGCAAGGCAAGAGGUGGAACUAAAGUUUAGUCCCAUAUUGCUAGUUUAGAGGGAGUUGGACCUCUUUAUAAGGAAGGCUUUUCCCCACAUGUAUGAGCAUGAGAAUAAGAGGGACAUUCACGCGCGCUCCUCCUCAGCCCAACCUCAAAGGCAUUGUGGGAAGGGAAGGAGCAAUUAAUUAAUUAAUUAUAUAAUCCGGCCGGCCACACACGUCAACCUCACACCGACGACUUCUUCCCCGACGUCCACAACCUCAUCGACGACAUGGCUGGAGAGGAUGUGUUUAGUUCAAAUAUGCAGAUGCUAUUUACCUUCACUCUGUCAGAUUGCGUGACUUGCUUUAUCUCUGUUAUAUUAGUCAUGCUUUAUCUAGUAUUUCCGUUAGCAAAAUUAUUUGGUAAAUUGCUCAUAUUUCCAACAAUCCAAAAACCUUAUUAUAGGCAAUUUACCCCAAGUGGUUUUGCUGCUUCCAUGAGACCUCCUAUGUUUGAGGGUAUCCACUAUAAGAGGUGGCGCGUGAGAGCAGUCUUAUGGUUUCAAACCAUGAGUUGCUAUGAC